AAAAAGUCCAUCAGUUUGCGAAUGUAUGAAGAAAACAACUGAUUACAUUAUUUAAACAGUAUGGGAUUCUAAUAUUGUACAAAAAACUCAGAAGUGAUGACUGACAAGCAACAAGUUCUUUCAGUACUGAUGCCGAUAAGUACUGCUUUACUGAAUGAACCGAGUCGACUGACUGUCUCGGCCCUACAUGACGUAAUACAAACGCUGGACAGUUCAGUCCUGCAGGAGCUUGGUAAAUAUGUGAUCUUCCCCUUGUUCUACACACUGAGACUGCCGCUGCAGGAUAACAACAAACAGGAUCUUCUGACUGACAUCUGCAGAUGUCUUGAGUACUUCCUCUCUCGGACGACUGUGUCACAGUGGGACAUCUUCAGAGAUAUUUUCAGUUGUGUCACCUGUAAACUGGGAUCUCCCGAAGCUAAAGGAAGAGUUUGUGAUUUGUCCGAGGAGCUGAAGCUGGCCAUUGUUAAAGUUCUCCAAGCAUUGGUCAGAAGUGGGACCAAGAGCAUUCACAACAAGCUGUACAGUGCUGCCAGCUUACCGCCUAUGGGACACGCAGUCACUGUGUUGUUGUGGUUGGCCGAACACGAACAGGCACGAGAAUUAAAAAUUGUUGCCAUGGAAUGCCUGCUACAACUAUCACAAGCAGACAACAAAUAUAAAGACUCCAUGUCCAUGUAUGGGGACACAUUUUCUUCGUUCCUGCCUGGGAUCUCAAUGAGCUUGUGUCGUAUCGUCAAGGGAGAUUCACGCCAAGGUCAAGGGGUCAUAGUGAAAGCCCUGGAAGUGUGGUGGAAAAUCGUGUGUCUGGUGGUUGGGGAUGCAGCGCUGAGUCAUCAUCAAACAACAAACAAUAAUUUCCCUGAUGCUGUUGACGAGAGAAUCAAAGGUUUGGUAGUUGAAAGAACGGAAGAAUGGGUGAAAUCAACAACAUCAAAACUUGUUAUUCUUGUAAAACAGAUCGCCACGUUAAAAACUCACUCCAACUGGCGGGUUCGAAUGGCACUUGUCAAAUGGGCAGAGAUGUUACUCAAGUCUUGUUCCAGGUCGAUGUCCGAGUCUGUGUCAGUGUUUCUGGAAGUUCUGGUCUGUCUUCUUAUCGACGAGUACGACAGUGUUUCCACUCAGUGUCGCAGAGUUCUAACCCAAUACAACAAGACCUGUGAGGACAGCAGCGAGGCGAGACCGCUCACAGAAAUACUAGAGGAGAACCUCUACGCGCUGACUACAUCACUACCUAGGCAGAUCAGAAUGGCUGAUGAGGAGGAAAAGCUUGCUGUAGUCAAUCUUCUAGGAGGAUAUCUUGCCUUACUUGGUCCCAAUGUGAAUUCUUUGUUGAGGUCGUUCUCUCAUCUUAAGCGGUUGUCCCUGGCUCUUGUCCAGUCUCUCGAGAUUGACUGUACGGAUCUGAAGAUUAUUGAAGAGAGAACCACAAUAUCUGGUCAUGAAAUUGGUAUAGUAAAUUCAGAAAGAUGGAAUGACAUUUUGAAACCAAGGAAGUUCUACCAGCACUUCCGUGACAGAAACAUUGAAAAGGGUCUGCUGUAUGUGUGCAAUGUGCUUGGACAGUAUGGUGACAUCCACAUUCUUAUUGAUCAUUUCCUCGACUUGUUUCAAGAGACACAGGUUUAUCGUCUCGCAGCUACAGUGAUCAUGAAUGAAAUCGUUGCUGGAACUGUUCUCUGUCAGAAUCCAGGAAAAGAACUAUUUCCAGAUUACUGUACAGGGUCUACAUACAAUCCACCAUCGGCAGUGCAAAAUAUCAUUAGAAUGUUGAUAGAUGAAUAUCUUUCCUCCUUCAACCUUACUACAUCAGUGAAGGAAAAAUCACAGUUCAAGUCUAGGACGUCUGUGAAACACAGCUUAUUAUUGGCUGAAAGUGGUGUCACUACUUCUCCAAGACUUGCUGUAAGCAGUGAUACUCCAAGUGUUGCAGUGUUAAACAGAAACAUCAUGCAGAUCUGUCUCUUCAUUGAGGGAAUAGGAACAGUUGCCAAGGUGCUUGGAGAAGACUUUAAACCGAUGCUUAUAAAGGUUUUAUAUCCACUUAUGGAGAAGUUGGGAGAUGGGAGUGCCUACAUUAGUAGCUCCGCCUACUUGACUUUGAUUGAUAUCUGCAAGGCAUGUCAUUACAGAUCUAUUGAAGAACUGAUAAUGGAAAAUGCUGACUAUCUGAUUAACGAGAUUUCUCUCCGUCUCCGCCACCUCCCUGACAAUCUACAGACACCACUAGUUCUACAGGCCAUGUUACACCACAGCAGUGAGCGACUACUACCGGUGGUUCACGACACCAUACUAGAGAUUUUGUCCUCCCUUGACGAUCACUACACCGAUCAGGCUGUUCUCUUUAUGAAGGUGUUGUCCGAACUAACCAAGGCAGUGGUCAGAUGGUUUCCUCACAGUCAGAAAAAGGAAGAAACUUGUAAAGAGACAAAGUCUGCUUCUUUGAUGGAUACAAGUGAAUCGAGGUCUGAGAGAGAGAGGAAGUCACUGGCAGACAUACAAGAUUUCUUUCUGGACUAUCACAAGCAGAAACAGUUGGCCAAGGGCAUCAUCUCUGAGGAUGAGGAUACUGAUGAAGCAACACAGGGUCCAGAUGCUGGUGAUGUUGAAGAGGAGGACGAGGAUGAAAAUAAGACAAAUCAGAAAGACUUGCCCAAACACAUUGUAGCUGUUAAAGAGGUGUUGCUCCGCAGCAGACAUCUCUUGUCGUCUGCUAGUUCAGCACAGCUGCGUCUGCUCGUUCUCGACUGUGUCAGUGAUGCAUGUACGGCUCUACAGGACUGGAAAGAUGAACUUCUGCCUCUUAUUCACCAGCUGUGGCAGCCAUUCUCUCUCAGGUUUGAUGAUGAAGAAAAACUAGUUGCAAUACAAGCAGUGUCAACUCUCAGAAAAAUGGCUGACAUUUGUGGAGACUUCAUUUGUCGCAGGACUUUUAAGGACGUGAUUCCAAAAAUGGUUAAUUUUCUUACAAAGCAAGCACAUCUAAGUGUGAAGUCUUCCCCAGCUUACCAGUACACCAUCAACUACAAAUACCAGCUGGCCUGUCUCGCUCACAUAGGAUACAUAGCACGACAGAUUGGUGCUUCCGUUAUUGAUGUUGAGAAGCUGGCCAAGAGUUGUCUCCCCUAUUUGAGUGUCCAUCAGUGCAAACCAUUGCAAGAGGCGAGUAUGACCAGUGUGCAGCACCUGAUACAGCUAGAGCCCGAUCUGAUGUGGCUGUCUCUCCACCGACUCUACUCUCCCAGCGACCUCGUCCCUCCAGCACCAUGUUUCAAACCAGUCAAGGUUUUUAGUGAACCAGGGAAGAGUAACGAGUUCACAGACAAUGUUAUUAAAUUACUUCCUCUGACGUGACGCCUUACACACCGAUUGUUGAUCAGAACAGAACUUGCUGACACAACAGCUUCACAAUGGCAGCACGAAGCUAGCACGGUCUACAUGAAGAAGCAACCUAAUGAACUGAAAUCAAUACAGCAUCCCCAUCAAAAGUGAACGGAUGCAGUUAACACAAGUUUCUACUAAAAGGUGAACUAUCCUGUGCUCUGGUUGUGCUGUUAAAGUUGAUUUAACUGUAAAUUAAUCAGAUGGCACCAACAUGAUGAAAUGGAACAACACUAAUUCCUUCUCUUACUGAAUAACACCAAUAUAAACUUCACCACAUAUAAGAUGUAACUCAGCAAUGCAUGCGGUAUACCAGUCAUGGAUAACUGGUUGGAAUGGGAAACCUCAUACUCAAUCUAUUAAGGAGGUCAGUCAUCCUACUCAUCGCUCUAACAUAGAACUUCAUGCCACCUUGGUUAGAACAUGCAAACAUGUCACUGUGACAUUGUUUCAUCAAUACAAAAGACCAACACAAAUUGCAGAAUUGUUUUUAAUUAUUAAUAAAUACAUGUGAUAUAUAUACACACACUAUA